UCUCUCUCUAUAGGGGAGUGAAAGACAUUACUCUACAACCAGAGCAAGAGAAAGAGAGGUCUCAUUGAACACACAGGAGCAACCUUAGCUGUCCAUUUGUAGAUGAUAAGCAAAGUGGCUGGAAGGAGAACGAGACGCAGGAGCAAGGCAGCUUUCGAAUCUAUAAGAACAUCACUUGAAAGAGCGGGAAAAAACCCAGGUCGGUUUCAAAGCAUCAGAGAUGGAGGGAGAGAUAAAAGAAGGGAGGAAGAUCCAGUUUUCCAUUCCGUCCGCAGGUCCUAUUCAGCUCGACCCCAGACAAGUGGAGAUGAUUCGGCGUCGAAGGCCGACUCCAGCUACUCUGUUCCGAGUCACAGAUCACCCGUCUCCAGAUGAGGAGAAUCCCAGCAUUCCGUUGCUUGGUUGUGAAAAUGGAGUUUCAAAGCACACAAAUAUCAACGCAGCUACUUAUCAGCCUCCUUCACUCAAAGCUGUCCAAAAGAUGGCCAAAGCUCACAUCAAAUCUCCAGACACUCCUUCUUCAGAAUCAUCCGACAAUGAAGAUGUUUCUUUGGAUGCUUCUAGAGAUCCACCAGACGAAAUCAAAUCCGAGAUCUCCGAAUGUCCGUUAUCAUCAGGACAAUUAGCCGAAAAGGAGAAAGGAGAAGAGGAAGCAAAGUAUUUAGAAGCAGAAAUUCCAGAAUUUAGAGAGAGUGGGGAAGAAGGUGAAGAAUGAGCUGAUGACAAGGUGGAGAUAAGACAGGAAACUUAAAAUUAAGUUUUAUAAUUUAAGGAUUAUAUGACAAUUUUAUGUGAAGAAGCAUAUUUUUAUAAAACAAGGACUAUAAGGAUUUUCAGAGAAACCAAGAAAGAGAGAGAGAGAGAGAGAGAGAGAGAGAGAGAGAGAGAGAGAGAGAGAGAGAGAGAAGGUCACGCUGAAGGUCAGUAUAUGAGGAAGUGAAGAACGAAAAGCCGUUGAAGCAUCAUAAAUAAAGCAUUAAGCAUUUUCUCAGACUGGAACAUUUAAGGUCAUUGUAAAAUAUGCACAUGUUAAUAAACAUUUAUAUGAAGGCCACGAUUUAUUUGCUUGUAUACAUCACAUCCAAAAGUCAAAAAACUUUACCUUUAACCACAAAUCAUUCAUUUUUUGGCAUCAUUAAAGUGUGUAAGAAGAAGCCUGAUCAAUUGAACGCAGUUUUUAUGUUGCCUGUUUUCUCUUCAGCGGCCUCAAACUUUCUUCACCUUGUCUUUCUUUUAGGAUUUCAAAACGGGUUCUAACACACACACACACACACACACACACACACACACUCUCUCUCUCUAAAUAGAGCUGUCCUCAUUUGUCUAUGUCUUGAUCCAGACCGCUGGGUUUCAGCCUCCUGAGGGUUUGUGGUAUGAGGUUUAGGUGAUAUUUAACACACAGUAAUUUAUACUCUCAGGCAGAAGUACUACAACAGAAACUGUGUACAAACUCUGAAAGUAAUGAAGUAAAUGUAAUUAUUUAAUGUAAUAUUUACCUUUUGGAGAAACUGUAAUUUCCCUACAUUUAAAAAAGUCAAAUAUUUGACUUUUUACUCCA